ACCGACAGAUAUGGAAUUUGAUGCUGACCCUGAUCACGCAUAGCUCCUUCAAAUUUUCACAAACCUAAUACACAAGAAAACGAAAUUACAUAAGUCUGACAUAAGUAAGCUUUGAGAAAUUUUAAAACAAUUUUGUGCUUAAAUUUUUAGACUAAAUAUCACAAUUAAAAAAAAUAUGGCACAACCACCGAGACGAACAACAAAAAUACAGUCAGCACGUACCAGAGCCUAUGAUGAUGAUGCUUUCGUCCAUAAUUUCGCUGUUCGUGGGGCUCGUGAAAUAAUUGUAAUGGAUCCCAACGGAAGGCCAAUGCGCUCUACGGUUAGUCAGAGGCGCUCUUAUGCUUACGCUAGUCAUUUGCAUGCAUUGGCGAUCAUGGCACGCAAUGUGGUCCGAGAUCUGGAUCCCGCUAAUGAUGUGACUUUCAUGCGAUUACGGUCGAAUCGUCAAGAAGUUCAUAUAUCGAUAACGCAGGAAUUCAUUCUAGUUGUUAUACAGAGGUUGAAGAAACAAAAGGAAUAAACAGCAACACUAAUGUUGUGUGUGUGUGUGUGCGAAACAUAUAAUCGAAACUUAAUUCCCAAAAUGA